AACAAGAGCUAUAAGCCGCAAUGCUCGCCCUUCACCUCCUCCCCGCCCUCAAUCCCAAACCCUCCUUCACCCCAAACCGCGGCGCCGCCGCCCUUAAACCCUUCCGCAACCCCAAAACCCUAAAACCCAACUCCUCCCCCUUCACCGUCCGCUCCCUCCUCCAAUACAACCGCAAGCCCCAGCUCUCCGGCGACACCCCCCGCGUCGUCGUCAUCACCUCCGGCAAAGGCGGCGUCGGCAAGACCACCACCACCGCCAAUGUCGGCCUCUCCCUCGCCCGCUUCGGCUUCUCCGUCGUCGCCAUCGACGCCGACGUCGGCCUCCGCAACCUCGACCUCCUCCUCGGCCUCGAGAAUCGCGUCAACUACACCGUCGUCGAGGUCCUCAACGGCGACUGCCGCCUCGACCAGGCUCUCGUUCGUGACAAGCGCUGGUCCAACUUCGAAUUACUCUGCAUUUCCAAGCCCAGAUCCAAAUUGCCGAUGGGAUUCGGCGGCAAAGCCCUCGUCUGGGUCGUCGACGCGUUGAAGGCCCGGCCGGAAGGGUCCCCGGACUUCAUCCUCAUCGACUGCCCGGCCGGCAUUGAUGCCGGGUUCAUCACCGCAAUCACUCCGGCCAAUGAGGCCGUGCUGGUGACCACACCGGACAUUACCAGCUUGCGAGAUGCCGACAGAGUCAUUGGGCUGCUGGAGUGUGAUGGAAUUAGGGACAUUAAGAUGAUGGUGAACCGGGUUCGGACUGAUAUGAUCAAAGGGGAGGACAUGAUGUCUGUGCUGGACGUGCAGGAGAUGCUGGGAUUGUCGUUGUUGGGGAUGAUUCCGGAGGACACGGAGGUGAUUCGGAGUACUAAUAGAGGGUACCCUCUGGUUUUGAAUAGGCCACCCACAUUGGCUGGACUGGCUUUUGAGCAGGCGGCGUGGAGGCUUGUUGAGCAGGACACUAUGAAGGCUGUCAUGGUUGAGGAAGAGCCUAAGAAACGCAGCUUCUUCUCAUUUUUCGGAGGGUGAAGACUAGAGUCUUGCCCUGUUCGAAGUGAUACUGAUCCGAAGUUGGCUAGUUUUCUUUUGGUUGAGUGAGUUUAUCUGCAGAUGAAAUUGUUCAUGAUUAGGGAGUGAGAAGUUGUGUACAGAGUCAGAGAGUAAAGUUCGUUUUUUCUUCUUGAAUUCAAUUCUAUGUUGUCUUUCUCUAGUCUCUGUUGGCUUGGCUUAGAUUUAGUGGGUUCAUUUUUUGUGGUUAUUUGUUCAAGUAUAAUGUGCUGUAUUUACUCGAAUGAGAAACAAUGAGAAUUGGUACCUGUCUGUUG